AUGUUCAGCAAAGCCGCCCCCCGCGCCGCCGCCAGCAGCCGACAAUGCCUUCGCCAGAUCCACCAGCAAGCCCGCACCCAGCCCUUCCCACGGCUACCACACCGAGCAGCUCUCCCCAAGCGCAUUCCACCACGCACCCACUCCCGCCCCGCCUCCACCGCCGCCGCCGCGCGCGCCCUCUUCAAAAAGAACCCCAUCCUCGUCUCCCUCGCCUCGCUGAGCAUCCUCUUCGGCGCCGGCGUCCUCGUCUACUCCAACUACGUCUACAGCAGCUACAUCGUAGGCGCCUUCCACAAGUUCCCGGAGCCCGUGGCCCAGAAGCUGCGGCGAGCGCUCUACUACACCAACAUCUCGCUCGACCCCAAAAAUGCGGUCAAAUACUACAGACAGGCGCUCGAGGUCGCGGACGAGGUGGGCAUGGAUCCGUUUAGCGACGAGAUUAUUGGCGUCAAAGUGCAGCUUGCGGCGCUGUUUGAGAAGUGCCAGAAUUACAAACGCGCGAUUGAUGUGUUGGAGAUUGUCAAGGGGGAUUGUCAGCGCUGGGUGAAAGAGAGGGGGGGACUGGAGGGCGCGGAGGCGAAGAGGACGAGGUUGUUGGGCAAGACGGUGGGCAUUAACGUUAAGUUGGGGGAGCUGUACGCGAAUGAAUAUGUGUUGGAUCGGGAGGCGGCGGAGGCGAGGCUUGUGGAGGCGGUGGAGACGGUGUUGAGGGAGAAGCAGAGGAGGGAGACUGAGGGGGUUAAGCCGGAUGAGGGGGCGUGGCUCACGGAUGAAGAGAUCGGGGGUUCGCUUGAAGCACUAGCACACCACUACGAAGAAAAGCGCCAGCACUACCUCGCCACCCCCCUCUUCCUCCAAGCCCUAACCCUCUCGUCCCCAAAAUCCUGCCACUCCGUCGUCCUGAUGAACAACCUCGCCACCUCCCUCGCCCAGCAGCGUUCUUCCUCGUCCUCCUCACAGUCGCCCACCCAACAAGACCUCACCCACCAAGCCCGCCUCUGGGCCACUAAAGCCCUAAGUCUGGCUCAGACGAUCCCCAAGGAAGACAGGACAGAGGAGUGCGAUGUAGGCUGCGCGGUCGCGACGCACAAUCUUGCGGAGUUCGCGGAGAUGGAUGGGGAGGUGCAGGAGGCGCGGCGGUUGUAUGAGGAGGCUGUGGCGAUGGCCAGGAAAGUGGGGUUCGAGGAGGGGGUCAAGACGAGCCAGGAGGCGCUAAAGAGGAUCGGUAGGAACAGGCGGUGA